AUGGGUCAAGACAUAAUCGAAUUGAAAGCCUUUAAGGAAGAAGUAAAUUCCAACUUGCAAAACCAAGGAGCUGCCAUCCAGAAGCUAGAAAAUCAAAUUGUGUAUUUGUCUAAGCAAACCCCUGGGCCAAGCGUUUCUCAUGCUGCCAAGGCUAUUGCAAGGGAAGAAUGUAAGGCCAUAACCCUCAGAAGUGGAACGAAGCUAAAGGAGAUCUCAAAGGAAACCACAGAGGAUGAAGCAAAGGAGAAUGUGAGAGAUAAGGAACAGGGACAAUCUUCUACACCUUCUGCAACAAAAGAAAAAGAAAAAGAGGUCCUGAAGCCUUAUAUUCCCAAAGCACCAUAUCCUCAACGUUUGAUGAAAAGAGAAAAGGACGGCCAAUUCUCCAGAUUCUUGGAGAUUUUCAAGAAGCUUCAAAUCAACAUUCCCUUUGCUGAGGCAAUAGAGCAAAUGCCACUCUAUGCAAAAUUCUUGAAGGAAUUAAUGACCAAGAAGAGAAGCUGGAGGAAUGAGGAAACUGCAAUGAGCUAUCCAUCAGAAUCACUAAAGGAAUGCAUGAGGGUGGACGUAGUGGACAUUGCAAUACAAGAAACCUUUGAGGAAACAACAAAGGAAGUGGCAGAGGAGGAGUUCACCAAUGAUAUGGAAGUUAGUGACAUCAAGGCUGCUGAAACAACCAUGCCAAGCAUGCCAGGAAGAGUGAAAGAAGAGAAGGAAGCACCAAAACAUGAGCUCAAAGCAUUGCCCCCUAAUCUCAAGUAUGCAUACUUGGGUAGUGAUGAGAGCUAUCCUGUUAUCAUUAGCUCUGCCCUAAGCCAAGAACAGGAAGAAGAAUUGAUCAAGGUGCUACAAACCCAUCAAGAUGCCAUUGGAUGGACCUUAGCUGAUUUAAAGGGGAUAAGUUCAUCCAUAUGCAUGAAUAAAAUCUUGUUAGAAGAGGAUGCUAGACCAUCCAUUCAAGCUCAGAGAAGAUUGAAUCCCGUCAUGAAAGAAGUGGUACAAAAGGAGGUGAUAAAGCUAUGGCAGGCAGGGGUAAUCUACCCAAUUUCGGAUAGCCCAUGGGUGAGCCCUGUCCAAGUUGUCCCCAAGAAAGAAGGCAUCACUAUGGUGCCUGAUGAGAGGAAUGAACUCAUCCCUACAAGAACUGUCACGGGAUGGAGAAUGUGCAUUGACCACAGAAAGCUCAACGAGGCCACAAGAAAGGACAACUUUCCACUUCCCUUCUUGGACCAAAUGUUGGAGAGGCUUGCAGGGCAUGCAUACUACUGCUUCCUGGAUGGCUACUCAGGCAACAGCCAGAUUAAAGUUGACCCAAAAGACCAGAAGAAAACAUCUUUUACUUGCCCAUAUGGGGUCUUUGCUUAUAGACACAUGCCCUUUGGAUUAUGCAACGCACCUACCACUUUCCAGAGAUGCAUAUUGUCUAUCUUUUCAUAUAUGAUUGAAAAAUUCAUUGAGGCUUUUAUGGAUAAUUUUUUAGUGUUUGGUGACUUCUUCCCUAAUUACUUACACCAUCUUGCCUUGGUGCUAAAGAGAUGCCAAGAGACUAACCUAGUCUUGAACUAG